AUGGCGAAGGCAUUCGAAGAUAGCGAUGUUUGGCUGCCGGAUGGGAUCUCCGGAGAUAAGGGCGGUGUCGAUUGGAAGUUUGGCAGAAAAGAUUGCUUCCCGAUAGAGUUUCCUUUCGAGUUCGCUGCGAAUCUGGACUCGCCGGUGGAGUCUGCGACUGAGACGGAGGCCAGCGACGAGGACGGGGAGGAUUACGUAGCCGGGCUCACCAAACAGAUGGCUCGAUACUUUCUCCAGGACGAGGACGUGGACGAGGCGGUCGCUGCUGAUACCUCGGAAGCAAUGACCGGAUCGCCUCAGUCCACGCUGUGCGCGCCGUCAGCGUCGUCGAACAAGAGGAGUCCUAACGGGCCGUCGCUGGCGUCGUCCCCGAUAGAACAGAGAGGGAAGGGGAAGGACCCUGGCGUUCCUCUGCACGAGGCGGCAGGUCAGGUGCAGAUGCGCCGUCGCAUCAACGAAUUCGGUCACCGAGAGAGCAUCCUCGACUGCGGAAACCCUAAUAAGACUUCACCGGUGCCGACUUCUCCAAAGAAAGCCGCGGCCAGCUACUUUUCCCCAAAUCCCGCGUUCACGCCGCAGCAACUCCAAGCAGCUCAUGUGAAUAUGUCCCUUCCCCGAUCCAUGGAAACCAACCGACAAGCGAAAACGCAGCAACUCUCGGCGGCCAGGGCAAAGCAGAGCAAAGCCAAGUCCGGCGGCGGAACUUACGGUGAGAACACCCGGUACUGCCGACCUUUGGAUCUCCCAGCCUCCGCUUGGCCGCCGUCGAGAAAAUCCCCUCCCGCGCAGGCGCAGCAGCGGAAGCCGCCGCCCUCCUCGCUCCCCGGCCGCGGCAUGCGCACCGUUUUCCUUCACGCCGCAGGGUCCAAAAAGGAGUCCACCGGCACCGGAGUCUUCCUUCCGCGCACCGUCGGCAACAAGCUGGCCCCGAAGAAAAAGACAGGCUGUUCGACCAUUUUGGUACCCGACAGAGUAAUCCAAGCGUUGAAUCUGAAUCGUGAAGACUUCGCCACUCAGCCUCGCUUUCCUGGAGGCUUCGUUCUCAGCCACGAUGUUCUCAUCGGGCGAAGUAACGCCCACAGAAAACCCCACCACAUGGCACAGGAGGCGACGCCGGUGCCACUACAACUAGCGGCUGCGGCUUCGGUUCCCGAGAGUCGGCUUCCUCGGGAGUGGACCUACUGACCUCGUCCGCCCUACUAGCACCGAUUUCACAGCAGCGUAGUGGUUACUGGUUAUGUUAGAUUGUAGGUGAUGCAAAGACCAAGGAAAAAAGAAUUAAUAAUUACAUUUUUCGCGGCCGCCGGCCAUGGCGAGGUCGCCAUCGGAGAAAUUUAACAGGGAAGCACGGCCAGGUUUAGCAAUAAAGCCGUGAUUGUGUUGAAGUUCAUGUUGUUGAAUUACGUUAUUCAAAUAAUUCUCAAUCUAAAAUAUUUGAAUA